AGUAAAUGAUUAGAGCAGACCUUGGCGUCAGAGCUGUUAUCGAUAAUUUCAAAAUUAAUCAGCCGUCGGUAUCCGUGUAUGCAGGAACUGUCUGUUUUUAUAGAGUUGCAAUGCAAUAAUUGUAAACACAAUGUUUUUUUAGAAUAACAAAGAUUCAAUGGUGUAUCACAUUUCCAAUUGACCAUUUUUGCAUCGUUACUCAUAUAAAUAUCAAAACGUGUCUAGUGCGGAAGUGAAUAUUGGAUUUCGUCAUCCCAGUAUCAUAAAAUACACAAAGAAUGUAGCAGCCCGAAUGUGAAUCACAGUAAUUUUUCAAAAUUUAUUUUGAUAUCAAUUUAGAGGACAACCUCAGUGAAAAAAUAGGGUUUUUGCUACUUAUUGACAUCGCUACGUCUUAUCCACAUUUGAUUUAUAUGUUUGGUGACUCACAAAUUAUAUGAGUUAUAAAAAAUUAGCUAGUGAAAGCGAGAAUUGUUUACGAGAAAAGUUCUAAAAUUUCAACAGAUCGCUUCCAAAAAACCACUAAACUGAUAAUAGGCACUGAACAAGAACCAGGAGACUGCUACAUAACAGUUAGGAAAAUAAUUGAAUCAUGAAUAUCAAAUACGUGUAUAAUUGAAGCAUUGUUUUUCACUUUCCAUGCAUAGUGCGUUAUUUAGUGAUAUAUUAUAAAGCGUAAACAAUAUUCCAAGCAAUAUUAUUAUAGUUAUAAGAAUAGUGCCAUAUAAUCGUUUCGAAUUUAAUCUAAGGAAGUGUCCAUUUUUUUAUCCAUCCAUACUGAAAAAAGUAAACAUGUCUACUAUAUUGCUCGAAGCACGUUCGUAUCGACCAUUUAAAUCCAGCGAAGAAUAUCUUUAUGCGAUGCGCGAAGAUUUGGCAGAGUGGUUGAACACAAUGUAUCCUGAGUUGCGAGUCAAUGUAGACAAUUUCAUGGACCGUUUGGACACCGGUGUAGCACUAUGCAAGCAUGCAAACAAUGUUCGACAUGCGGCCGAAGAGUACUUAUUGCGAAAGCAGGCUCGUAGUAAGUCAAUGACGAAGUCGAUGACAUCCGGCUUAGCAGGACCAAUAUUAACCCUGGGUGAUGUUCAUUUCUUACCAGCUGCUAAGAGUGGAACAUUUUUUGCGAGAGAUAAUGUCUCGAAUUUUAUUGCAUGGUGCCGAAAAAGUUUACAAAUAUUUGAAUGUUUAUUAUUUGAAACUGAUGAUUUGAUAUUGCGGAAAAACGAGAAACACGUUAUUUUAUGUCUACUGGAAGUUGCUCGACGAGGUGCUAAAUUAGGCAUGCUGGCACCAAUGUUAGUACAAAUGGAGAGACAAAUCGAUCGCGAAAUCGCAGCUGAUAAUAGGGCUAAUGGUAUUGGUUGUGGAACACAAACCGAUUGUUAUAAACAGUCUGAAGAAGCAAGAACUGUCGGAGGACUUUUCGAUUCCGACAGUGAAGAUGAGGAUGACACAAACGAAACCAUGCUUAUGUAUGGGCCCCAACCUCAAAUUGUUACGAACGAUUUGAAAAGUUUAGAUGAAAUGGUUCGGGAUCUAGUUGAAAAAUGCACCUGCCCAUCGCAAUUUCCAAUGGUGCGUGUAUCAGAAGGCAAAUAUCGUAUAGGCGAUACCAAAGUUUUAAUAUUUGUACGGAUAUUACGUUCGCAUGUAAUGGUUCGAGUUGGUGGUGGCUGGGAUACACUCUCACAUUAUUUGGACAAACAUGACCCAUGCCGAUGCAAAGCACAGCAUCGGUCAACUGUUGCAGCUAGGUUAUUGACUAAAACAAAUAACUCGGCCUAUGGAAUAGAACUUCACAAGGCACAAGUUUUUUAUGACAGAUCGCCGUCACCAGUAUGCAAGUCUAAUGGAACUAGUACUCCUAAUAUGGAAAGCCUCGGUCUCGCUUUGUCACCACCAAGGCGUGCUCGAAGUCGUAGCCGGAGUCCUAGUGCUCAAUCUAAAAUUAAUCAUAAUGUGAUAAUUCCCGAAAAAAGUGGAUAUCUUGCUUCUCCGAAAUUAAUGCGUCGAUCAGUAUCACCUAGUCCUCGUUGUUCAGAUGUAAAGAAAAAAACAAAAUCACUGGAUUCGAGUCAUAAUAUUGUCCAGAGCACUGGAAAUAUUACUAGUCUUAAUGUGCAACAAGCAAAACUAUAUUUCGAGUGUAAUCAAGAAGAUUCCAACGUUCAUGAAGGAAAGACUGAGUCUGGGAGUGAUGACAAAUCAAAUAAGUACGAAAACGUCAGUGACAAUGGUAGUGAAAUCAGUGACGAGGGUUACCGCAGUUUAGGAGUAGUACAACCGAAUGUUGCUCAAACACAUCCACGUGUUUCGCUGUGCAGGCAAACAUCGAAUAAUGAAGCGGAAAGAAAUGUGCAUCACGAACAAAUGUCAACUGACUCACAAGUCGCAUCAACUGAUGAUAGCAGCUUCAAGGCUCACAAAGUAUAUUUAACUUCUACUUCGGACGAAAUAAUGCCGCGAUCCGAUGACAUGGAUAAGAUUUGCGAACUAUCUGAUAUUACUGACUCUGUAGAAGUAUUGAAUAGUGAAUUUGUGAAGUCCGGUAUUUUCAUAACCGAUGAUGGUAUUACGAUUGAUAUUGCAGGUAGCACUGGCUUGAAAAAAACAGGAUUUUCAGAAAACCUCUAUGAUUCUAGCACCACUGUUCAAUUAAAGGCUCCUAACAUUAGUAAAAUUCCCAUUUCUCCAUUACCGCUCAGACGUAAAAGUGUAGAAUAUCCGGCAAUGAUUACUAACGAGAAAGCACACUUGAAUCGGAAACUACCAACAUAUCGAUCCGUACGCAAAGUCAAUCCGACUUCAGAACAAAAAGAUAAUACUUGGAGUGGCCGAAACAUUAAGCAAAGAUCAACUAUAGCGGCCGAUACAUUUGAUUGCAAAAUUGGUUCUCCUGCGACAAUAUCUCGCCAUUCGCCAUCUAAAACGAAUCAGCAAGAUAAAAAUACUAAAAAAACGAAAACAGAAAAUAAUUCAGUAAAUACAUCACCGAAUAUAAACGAACCCACUUCAACUUUAGCACAACAAUUGAUGGAAGCUGCUUCCGGUGCCCAAAAUGACACCCAAAUCAUAGUCAAAGUUAAACAGUUACUCUCCAAAUAUUCCAUUGAUUCCUCGCAAACUAUACCAAGAAACGAGUUCGAAGAUUUCACUAUGGCCUGGGUGAAUAACAAUGGUGUCGUCGAUCGCAAUGUAAUCGAAUCGUCCGAAAUUUUAUCCAAACGAAAUUCAACUGUAUCUACUGCAUUGGAAGGAUGUAACUGCAAAGAGAACUCUACGGAAACUUCUCCGGGAAGAGAUAAAAGUAUGUCUAAGAUUCCAGCACCAAUUCGCUCAAAUACAGGAUUGUAUUGACGUCGGUGCCACAAUUCAAUAAACUCUUCUACUGCAAAGCAUUAAUGGAUUUCAGAAGACAUUACCGAGUAUUUAUCAUUAAAUCAACCUCAUGUAGUGCAGAUUUCUAAUUUGGAUAUUCAUUUUGGUUUGGAAAGAAAUAGAAGGGAAUGUAAAAUACAUUUGAGCCAACCUUAACAUUGAGUUGAUUGCUUGGUAGCAAGAAAGUCGAGAUCACGAUUUCAAUUUCAAACCGAAAUAUUUUUAAUCGUCAAACUUUGAGGAUUUCAGUUGUAAUCAGCAUUCCCACUAACAAGAAUAUGAAAAUCAACAAUAUCAUAAAAUUGGUGCUUUUUAAUUGUUUACAUAGGAAAGUUUACUCUGUUACAAAAUAUUUUACUGAAAAAAAGCAACGCGUGCACUAAACAGUAACCACUCCGAUUUAGAAAGAAAUUUUCUUAUACGAAGAACUUUUAGCCAAGUAUCAAUAAAUAAUUUUUACAGCAUACCAACAA